GGAAAAUUUCAUGUUCCUUUAUAAUUGUCAAAUAUUUAAUUGUUUUUAAUUCUGUCCAUGUUUGUUAGUAAAAUGAUUUUUUAAAUGGCUCAAAACAAACCUGGAAUUAAAGAUGCGGUUGCUAAAGAAUACCUCUCAAAAAAACAAUGGGAAUUUAAAUAUGGAGAUCUUCAAAAAUGCUAUAUAAAGUUACAAGAUGAUUUAAAGGAAAUAUCGAAUAAAUCGGGUUACUUAAACUUAAUCAGAAAACAGAAGGAACAAGAUAAUCGACAAAUUAAAAUUCCACCCACCACCAAUGGAAUGUAUGGGUUACUUGCAAAAAGAAAGGAUUUUAAAUACCUCGACUGUCCGGAUAUUUAUGAAAAUCUACCACUACCAAAAGAGUAUCACCUUGUAGAAAAAAAUUAA